AUGGCAUACAACUAUCAAGGCCAACAAGGGGGGAAUACGACCCACGCCUCUAUUAUCUUGAACCAUAUUCUUGAUACGUUGGCAGACGUCCUAAAGAAUGCGGAGGAGACAAUACGCUUUCUUCCCUUGUCUGACAGCGCUUAUAAGAAGUCUAAGCAGUGGAUCCGAAUAGAAGCGGACCUCCGGCGGCUGAUUCCGGAUUACCGUAGCCUGUCCAAGUAUCUGGACAUGUCGUUUGGCAACAUGUCAUACGCUUCGACUUCUAAUAAGCCAGGUGAAAAGAAGCUUCGCACAAGGAUGAGAGUGGGUUUUGAGGUCAAGGUGGCGGCAGGAACAAUUCGACAGUACUUACACGGCCAAUUGCGUCCGCAAGGGUAUAGCGCAGGAUGCUACAAAUCCGUCCUACAGUUUGGGGAUAUCGAAAAGGUUGGGGCCUUGUGCUUCAACCCUAAGGAAAUUAACAUCAGGGCUAUGGAGAAAGAACUAAUUUGGCACUUUGAUUGGAAGAUAGUUAUUGGCCUGCGGUAUGAAUGGGUGAACAUCCCCUAUAACGGCCGCAAUUUUCCAUGGUGCGCUGUCACCCACUACAUCAGUGAUUGGAAGGCUGCUCAGAAUCGGACAAUCAGCGUUAAGGCCGUCGGUCUGGUUAAGGAUGAGAAUCUCACCAUGAUCUUGAAGCAUAAGGACUUUGUAGAACUGACUCAGGCCAAAUAUUGUCCAGUUGAAAUCCCAGGGAUGUUGAAACAGGCAACAACCAAAGCAUUCGGCCCUCACACUUGUUUGUCCAUGUUUCUCUCCAUCGAGGCCCAACCAGUUCACGACAAGAAAGUGGCAGCUGCUGAAGUGAACUCGGACUCUGACUCCAAUGGGAAGACGUCUCUCACAAGUUUACUAAAGUGA